UUCUCUUUUUUCUCUCUCUUUCUUUUUCCUUGGCUGCGUAAAAAUAAAAUACGUAGUUUUUUCUGAUUAGCCAAUGAGACUGUGUAUUUUUUUUCCUGAAAGAAUGUAUUAAGCCAUGUCACAAAAAGGAAGCGGAGGGGUCUUAUGCGCAACCUCCCCCCCCCCUGUUGGCGCUACUUGUUUUGUUUUGAAAAGGCUAAAGGAGUGCGUCGUGCAGUUAAAUUAAGGGUGACGCUGCGUAUCAAAACGUUUUGGUGCAACUUUAUACCUUUUUCAAAUUUUUCUAUUGUUUUCUUUUCAGAAAAAAUCUCGAACCAAUCACUUUUGAUUCCCAGAUUCUAAGCCACAAGUUGCCAAAAAAGUAUAAAUACGGCCGAUUUUGGUUUAACAAAAACAAUUUUUUCACAUUUUUUUCCGCUUUUCAUAACUUUUUUUUUUUUUUUUAUUACUAUUAAAAAUGUCUGGUUUUAACAUUGCUACACCUUCCAUGGCCACACCUGCUAUGCAGACACCCUCUAUACAGACACCUUCGAUUCCAACUCCUCUUCAUAAUUCAACGCCAUUUGCACUUCCAUCAACACCUGCACCUAAUGAUGCUCCUACGCCCAGCAGAGAUGCUAAUCCUUACGCUGUAGCUGGAAUCACUCCUACUCUACAAAACAUUGUUGCCACUGUCAAUUUGGAUUGUCGUUUAGAUCUAAAGACAAUUGCUCUUCAUGCUCGUAAUGCAGAGUACAAUCCAAAGCGUUUUGCAGCUGUCAUCAUGCGUAUUCGUGAACCAAAGACAACAGCUUUGAUCUUUGCUUCUGGCAAGAUGGUUGUGACAGGUGCAAAAUCAGAAGACGACUCAAAGCUCGCUGCUCGUAAAUAUGCUCGUAUCAUCCAAAAAUUGGGCUUUCAGGCAAAAUUCACAGACUUCAAAAUUCAAAAUAUUGUUGGUUCUUGUGAUGUCAAAUUCCCUAUUCGUCUUGAAGGUUUAGCUUACUCUCACGGUCAUUUCAGUUCUUAUGAACCUGAACUGUUUCCUGGCCUUAUUUAUCGAAUGGUGAAGCCCAAGAUCGUCUUGCUGAUCUUUGUAUCUGGUAAAAUAGUCUUGACGGGUGCAAAAGUUAGAGAAGAAAUCUAUCAAGCUUUUCAAGCUAUAUAUCCUGUACUUACUGAAUUCCGUAAGCCUUAAUUUGUAAGAAAAAAACAAGAAAAAAAAAAUAUGAAGAAGAGAAAAAAAAAAGAAAAGGGCCACAAGAAAUGUGUGUGUGUGUGUGUUUGCCAUUCUUUAUUAUUAUUUUAUUGAUUGUAUGCAUAACAAAAAAACAAAAAAAAAAUAUUCCCUUUCACGCAUUCUCUCCCCUUUUUUCUUAUCCCUAUUGGCGAUGAUGCUCCCCUCCCUCUUUCUUAUCCCCUCCUCUUUUUUUUCCUUUCUUACGUGUACAAAGUUAUCUGAAAGUUUUUAUAAAAAAAUUGUAUAAUAAAAUGAAUUUUCAACAUUAAUUAGAGAACUGGAAUGUUUG